AUGUAUUUUAUACUAAGUACUUGUAAUUCAACUAUUAAUACAACUAAUUUCUUUCUUACAUAUAAAUUAAUUUUAACAAAUGGAAAUGAUUUAUUUACAAAACAUUUUUCUAAUGAUGAACAAGGGUUAUUAGAAUUAUUUAUUGCUAGUACAAUAAUGUAUACUAUAAUAUUAUUAAUCAUUCUUAGAUAUAUCUAUUUAUCAAAAUAUAAAUCUUUUUUUCUAAUGAAAUUAUAUUGUAGUUCAAUAUUAUGUUCAUGGAUAUAUUGUUUAAUAAGUUUUAUUGAUACUCUUAUGUUUGCUUUAACAGGAUAUAUGGAUGUAUUUACAUUUCGAUUAUUAAUAUUUCUUGCUCAUUUUGUUGUUUUAAUUGCAGAAAUAUUAUUUCUAUUUAUUUUAAUACUUUGUUCAAAAGGUUAUUUAAUUAUAAAAAUUCAAUUGAGAAACAGAGUUAUUACUGAAAUAAUAUUAAUUAUUCUAUUAUAUCUAAGUGUGCAGAUAAGUAUUCUUAUUCUGAUGAUCAUAUUUGUUGAUCAAAUAUUUAUUAAUGAAAAAAUAUUUCCUAUAUGUGAUUAUAUUCAAAUAAUUCUGUAUUUAUUAGUUUAUAUCUGGUUUUUAAUUAAUGCAAUUACGAUUUUAUUAAAUAUUCUCAAUAUUUUACCAAAUCCUCAAGUAACAAUUUCUAAAGCAAUUCAAAUAAGUAACCAAUGUUUAACGUAUUGUAUUUUUCUAUUUAUUCUUCGAAAAAAACAUUUUUUCUUACAAACUAAAUUAAAUCAAAUUAAUAUAACAUAUAUUCAUUCCAUAACAUCAAAAUCUCAUUCGAAUCAAAUAUCAACAAGAGAAAUAGUCAAUGAUAUUAAUUCAUAUGAAUUCACUGAUUUAUGUUAUGAUGAAGUUAAAACAUGGGUAUCAAGAUUUCGAAUACCAUUUCAAUCUUCUGAACCACUUCCUCGACUUGAACCACGUCGAGAUGUAAAAUUAAAAUCUCUAGCUAAAUCAUCUCAAUCUUCAAUGUGUAUUGUUCCACGUCGUUUAGCAACACUUAAUUCAAAUGAUCAAUUUUAA